CUAGGUAAGAUUGGUCCCAGAUCGGGAGACAGUUCGGAAUGAAAUCAUCCGUACUCUGAAAGUUCGAUCGUUCAUUUUAACAGCUGGCUUUCAUGAAUAUAAUGCGAAUCAACUACACUAACGUUGGAAUAAUUUUUUCGCUCGUGGUUGUGCUUUAUAUCUUUUACAAACUAUCGCACUCCUCUUCAGAAAGAAACCCUCUGCCUGCAAGUGUCACCCCACGGACCAGCAACAAGCUUCCUACAGAAUCUUCAAUAGAUUUAAAAUCACUAGCCAGUAUUGCAAAAGGUGGGUUGUUUGAUGUCAGUCUGAGGCAAGCUCAAGAAACUAUAGAGGCUCUUCAAAAGCAGCUUGCAGAAGCAGAAGUAUCAAGAGACACAGUCCAGAAAAAAGACAUGGAAACUGUCAAAAGAAAAUUUAGUGGUCACAAACUUGUUCAUUUGGAUUUGAAGGGAGCACCAACAAAAAUGACUUUUCUGAUACAGGUGCUGCCAUAUUUUAAGAAGUGGGGAGCAACUGGUUUGCUGGUUGAGUAUGAAGAUAUGUUUCCCUACAAGGCAGAAUAUGAAGUCUUACAGGCUAAAAACUCAUACAGUGAAGCUGAAAUUAAACAGUUGCUGGAGACAGCAGCAGCAAAUGAUCUUAUUAUAAUUCCACUGGUACAGACAUUUGGUCAUCUGGAGUUUGUCUUGAAGCACAAGGAGUUUGCCUAUCUUCGUGAAACAGAACACUACACUAAUUCAUUAUGCCCAAAUAACAAAGACUCUGUUCCAAUGGUUAUAGAACUCAUUGAUCAAGUUCUAGCUCUCCAUCCUGGUUUGCAGUGGUUUCAUAUUGGAGGAGAUGAGGUGUGGAAUCUCAAGACAUGCCCUGUCUGUCUUAAAGAUGCACGGAAUAAAUCUGAAUUGUUUGUGCAUCACAUGAAACCCAUUCUCAAACACUUGCAAGGCAAGAAGGUAACACCAAUCAUGUGGGAUGACAUGAUGAGGUACUGGCCUCUGGAAUACUUGAAAGAGCUUGGUCCUCUUGUUGAGCCAAUGGUCUGGGCCUACAGAUCUGAUCUCACUGGCUAUUUUCCUCCUGAUAUGUGGCAGAGAUAUGGUAAAGCCUUUAAGAAGAUUUGGGCUGCAAGUGCCUUUAAAGGAGCCACUCACCCAUGGAGCAACUUUGUUCCAAUUGGAUUUCAUGUUCAAAACAAUUUAUACUGGUUGGAUAUCAUUUCCAAGUUACCAUCCACUCUAGAAGUAAAUGGUGUAGCCCUGACUGGCUGGAGCAGAUAUGAUCACUAUGCCACUUUAUGCGAGCUUCUUCCAGCAGCUCUUCCUUCAUUGGCAUUUUGCCUUGGAGCAUUGAGUGAAGGUUAUAUGGAUGAGGAACUUAAAAAAGUGAUAGCAAAAGGACUGGGGCUUCCUGAAACAUUCCCUCUCAAUGUGGAGAGAUUUAAUAGCAAGUUUCAUCCGGCGGAAGGAACGUUUCCAGGUCAUGAACUAUACACACUUGUUUCCCACCUGGAGAAGGCAGUGUUCUUUACAAGAGGUGUUGGGAACAUAGAGCAAGGCUGGUUGCUAGACCGUGAAGUACAAAACAAGUUUCUAAGUUAUUUUCAAGUGGAGAUGGCGUAUAACAGAACAAUGAAAGCGUUACAGAUUCUAAGAUCGGUGCAGUCCAAGGUACCAAAAGUUUUUAAUCCAGUCUACGACGAUAGUGUGGUGAAAGAAUGGACCAAGGACAAAAUAGAUGAUGGCAUCAAUCAUUUGAACGGCGUUAAACCCAGAUUAGAAGAGUUGAGAAAAAUAGCUUCUGGGAAAGGAGAAAAACAAGAAAAAUCCACAGUGAAAGAAAAAAGCUAAGAAGCAGCACUAUAUUUUACACAAGAAUUACAAAAAAGAAAGACUGGACCUAAGUGAGGGAUUAUCAUGUAGGAAAGAGAGAGGGGCUUUUAGUUGGUGUCCAAUCCCUCUCUUUGAACAUAUAGAGUGAUAACUAACCAAAACAACCUGCAAUGGAUAAGGGGG